CACACACACACACACACACACACACACACACACACACACACACACUUUAAGAGCAUAGACUCCUCCAUCUUCCCAGACACUUAGAAUAAUGUGGUUGAUUAUUUAGAUAAUUCAGGUAUAUUCCACAUUCCAUCUUUAGAGAUUAUUUAGAAAAAUAUUAAUAGCAUAUAAAUAUGCAGCUUGCCAUGCAAUUGCAAUCAACGGAAAAUGUCAAUACUCACUGCAUAAAGAAUAACCUCUCACACAUGAGGGGGUCAUUGCCUCGGUGGGACUCGUGGAGGCGCUGUUCUGUCUGGCGCACCUUAAUUUGUCUCUUUCCUAGCCAGUAGAACCUAGUUUACGACAAAAACAAAUCAAUGUACGGCAGCUCAGCUGUCGCACGUUAAAGCAAUAAGUGUGCUAUGGUUUUUCUAAAAGCAGGCUUAUUCAUCUUUAAAUUGUUAAAUUAAUGAAUAGCUCUAUUAAAGUGAUAACAACUCAUCUGAGCAAUGCUUACAUUGAUAUGCUUGUAUACAUCUAUAUAUGGGCCUAUAUGUAUAUGAUAGCAUUUUUUGAUUUCCCAUGCCCCCCCUGAAUGGUUCUUGGUCCCCUCCUGAUCCACCUCAAUCGUCUAGCUAAGUGCUUCUCAAACCUUUUCUAAAAGUGUAACCCUUCUAAGAUAUUUUUCGGCUGAGUUCCCCCUUCACAAGCACUAAAUAUUUUUGGGAUAUUUUUUUUUUAAUGACCAUAAAUAAUGCAUGGGCGUUCUAUUUGGCAGGGUAAACAUGAGCAUUAACAGGCUACAAAUACUCACAAUUUAGUGAAAAAAUGGGCCUGUUCUAAUUUCUCCGAAUUUUCUUAGGAUUACCCCCUCAGUACUCUGUGGGUACGCGUACUCUCAUUUGGUCAUCGUUUUUCUUUUCAGUAAUUACGGUAAUAUACAGGAAGAGGCCAUUGGGCGCCUGCCGUUCUAGGAUAAACUGGCAUCACGGGGUUCCGUUUGAUAUCAGUAACUUACCUCUCGCCGGUAGUGAGGUAUAAUAGGUUAAUAAACAUGUCACCAUGCGGCUCAACUAUGGAAGAACAGCUGUCGUCCAUAAUGGACGUACUUGCGAAAUCGGCUGUAUCUGAAAUUAGCCAACUGUUCUCGGAGGGGUCGGCUUCUCUUCGCUUAGAAGUAACUCAGAGCCGCAAAGAAAACGAAUUGCUGAGGAUGAGGAUGAAGGUGAUGAGGAGUGAGCUGUUUUCUUUGCGGCUUCAAACAAGAUCGAAUGCAUCGCGUGCGGAAAGUGGUUUUGCCCUGGCCCGAGCCAACAUCAACAAACUACGGACUAAAUCAUUGGAAAAUGGCCCAAAGCCCCUGAUGGACCACAAGGCGGUUGUACAUCCCCCUUUUCAUUCACCAUCCAAAAGUGAGGCUUUGUCAGUUACAAGUCCAGCAGAGCAGGAGACCCCCGGAAUAAUUUUAAUCAAGAUUGAAGAGGAUAUCAGUGGAUGCAGGCCAGCAGACUGCGAUGCCUUUGGAGACCGCAUCUCGCAGAGCGGAGCCACCUUGGAGAGUCUGCAUGUGGAUGCCCCUGGCUCCUCCCAUGUGUCCAGUCAAAACACGGAGCUGCGGAUCCUGAGUGUCCACCGACAAGGAGGGGGGCAACUAGUGGUGGAAGGCCAUGACACCCUUUUCACCGCAUCCGAACUGGAGGCCCUGAACUCUCUGUCUGCACAUAACAGCGUGGCCAAGAGCCUGGACUGUGGCGCGUGGUUGGAUUGCCGCAAGGAGCUGGCUGUUCAGGAGACCCCAGACAACAUUUUGAUCAAGGAAGAAGUGGGUAUUGGUGGAUGCAUCCCUCCUGUAGCAGACUGCAAUGACAUUAGCACACAGCAAGGCGCCACCUCGGAUAGUCUGCAUCCGGACGCCCCUGGCUCUUCCCACAUGUCCAGUCACAAGUUCGGUCCACCUCGAUCCAGGAAGAAGUCCUACAGGUGUGACGAAUGCAUGAAGGUCUACAGUUCGGGUUUUAGCCUGAAGAUCCACAUGAGGAUUCAUUCUGGGGAGAAGCCCUACAGGUGUGACCAAUGCAUGAAGGGCUUCAGACGGAGCUACGACCUGAAGUCCCACAUGAGUAUUCACUCAGGGGAGAAGCCUUACAGGUGUGACCAAUGCACGAAGGGCUUCAGUCAUAGCUGUAGCCUGAAGAUCCACAAGAGGAUUCACUCCGGGGAGAAGCCCAGCGUGUGUCACCAGUGCAAUGUCAGCUACAGUCGCGCCAGCAGUUUGCGUCGCCACAUGUCCAAGCAGCACAAGGGCAAAGGGGUGCUUUGACACUUUAAUCCUGUAUGUGAGGAAAUUACUGCGUUAAGGUUUUUAAUCACGAUUAAAGACGCUUUCAAACCUUUU